AUGUUAUUUUGUACUUGUCAUCAAGAUUAUUUCGAAAUCAGCACCAUAAACAAAAAAGCCAAAUGCAGUUUCCGCUCCAAAACUUUCACGGUUGACUGCACCGGGAAAAAUCUGACAAGAAUUCCGAACUUUGGAAAAUCUUUCAAAACGCUUAUUCUAGCGAAAAAUCAAAUACAGGAUAUCCCGAAUGGAAUCUUCUCAUCGCAUGAAGCUCUAGAAGUUUUAGAUUUAUCACACAAUAGUCUUACAAAUUUGAGAUCCGGUUCAUUUAAGGGACUGGUAAACUUACUGCGCUUAAAUUUAAAAAGCAAUAAGCUUGGAAAAAAUAAUGUAACACUACCAAAAAGCUGUUUUAAAUAUCUUAAAAAAUUACGACAUCUAUCUUUAAAAAGGAAUUCUUUUACAUUAUUUCCUGAUAUAUCUUCAAUUCGAUCACUGCAGGUUUUGAAUGCGACCUUUAUUAACGGAAUGACUUUCUACUCGCAAUCAGCAUCACUUAAAAAUCUAGCUUAUUUAGACUUAUCUGGACCUUCGUCGUGUAAGCCAAAAGCAAUGAACAAGCAUACCUUUAGUGCUCUUACGAGUUUGCUUUAUUUAGAUGUGUCCAACAAUGACUUGCGCAGUAUUAUGAAAGGGACGUUUUUACAAAUGAAAUAUUUGCAGUAUUUGGACAUAUCUUAUAACACAAGACUUGGACUAGCAGGAGUUGAAAAUGUCACACACGAUUUACCGCAUACAUCAAUACGAGUUUUUAAAUUUCAGAAGAUAGUUCUUACAUUUUCUAUGAAUCAGAUGCUCAUGAAAAAUCAGAUGAAACCUCUUAAUGAAACUAAAAUAAGAGAGAUUUAUGCUGACAGUAACCGUAUUCAGCUGGUUGAAUUCGGAGCAAUCAGUUAUUUACCAAACACUAUAGAAAACAUUUCCAUUGGUGAAAACUGGCUAUCUUAUGGAGCUUACAUUUUUGAAUUACAAAAACUCUCUACAAAAGUUAUAAAUGCUUCAUUUCUUAGCUGGUCACAUGAUCCUAGAGAGGAAGACACUGGGUGGUGUAUAUCUGGAGAAAAUUCAAUGGAAAUUGACAAAACCUUUAAUAAAUGCGUGUCAGAUCAAGGAACUCCAGUCUCAGGAAUCACGAAACUCGCAUCCCCUUUGAAGCUCGAUUACUUCAAAACCAUUAAUCUCCCUAAAAAUCUUAAAGAAUUAUAUUACACCAGUUGUAAAUUACAAUUUGAGAUUCCAAAACUUAAUUUCAGUAAUAAUAAACUUGAAAAAGUAGAUUUUUCUUCGAACAUAUUUUAUUCAUUGAAAGGUCCUUUGGUAAAUUUAAAACACUUAAAUUCUCUUGAUUUAUCAAACAAUUUUUGUUCGAAUAUUUCUACAGUAUUCUUCUCAGGAACCCCAAAUAUUAAGACAUUAAAGCUUCAAAAUAAUCUAUUAGGAUUUGUUUUGCCAAAAGACAAAGGAGGUGAAAUAUUCAAUCAUUUAGUACAUUUAGAAACCAUUGAUUUAUCGGAAAACAAAAUUUCGGUCAUACCCCGAUUACUCUUUGGAUCGCAGGUCAACAUACGGAAUAUUCAUUUAGCAAGUAAUUUGAUUGAAAGAGUACACUUCCAAAUUGAGCAUAUGGUAAAUCUCUCUGUUAUAGACAUUUCAAACAAUGCUAUAAUGUUUCUGGAUACUGAUGAAACUGACGAACUUGACAAAGCGGCAGAGAGAAGCGGCAAUCUUACCAUAGACCUAAGCGGGAAUCCAAUUCAAUGCACAUGCAACAAUAUAAAUUUUAUCAAAUGGAUAGCGUCAACUAAGAUUCGUCUUAAAAACUUAAAAUCGUAUUCCUGUCUUCUCAAUAACCAAACAAAAACUACACUCAAAGACCGAAACGCGCUUUUAAAAAUGCUUGAGAAAGAAUGUUCGACGUAUCUUGGUUUGAUAAUGGCUACUGUGUCUUUAGUAGUUCUUUUUAUUAUCAUUGUAAUAAGUGGCCUUAUAUACAGAUAUCGAUGGAAGCUGAGAUACAUGUAUUUCAUGACAAAAUUUAAAUUCAAGAGAGGGCCGAAUUUACUAGAUCUUUCCUACGACUAUGAUGCCUUUGUUUCCUAUGCCGAAGAAGAUCAGCAUUUUGUACAUGAAACAUUUCUAACCAACAUUGAAGAAGGAGCAGAACUUCGAGUGUGUCUCCAUAAGCGUGAUUUCCUUGUUGGAAAUGAAAUUGCUGCCAACAUUACUGAUGCCAUACACAGAAGUCGUAAGACAGUUUGCAUAAUCACUAAUCAUUUUUUAAAUUCAUAUUGGUGCAUGUUUGAAUUCAAUAUGGCGCGAAUGGAGAGUAUUUACUCUCGAGACGGAGAGAACACUGUAUAUUUAAUUUUCCUUGAACAAAUUCCCGCCAAGUCUCUACCUCUGGUUUUAUUAGAACUCGUACAAUCACAGUCGUACGUAGAGUUUCCGAAUGAUGAAUAUGGCGAAACUCUGUUCUGGGAGAAUUUGAAGAAAGUAUUGUCUGAUUAACUACUAAAUGGAAUUUUUGAUGAGGAAGAAGCACCAAAACUAAUGAUAAAAAAUGUUCUAUUCAGAGUUAUACUCUCCUUGAUUGCUAUGUAAAGAUUUCAUGUCAAAUGCAUGGUAAAUCAUUAAUUUAGUAAAUAUAAAAUUAGAUUUUCUUGAAGAUUUAAGCACAUGAAAUCACCCCCGUUUUUUGAUGGGGUCCGUACGCGCGUGUUGCUCAGUCUUUAGUUUUUUAUGUUGUGUUUUGUAGACUGUUGUUUGUAUUUUCGUCGUUUUUCGUUUUAGAUAAUUUUUUGGUAGAAUGAUAGAAAGUUAUGGAGUUAGCUCCCUUAAUUGUUAAUUUCUAGUGCAUGUCAACCAAAUUCUAUCUUGAAUUACCAGAACAGGAAAAGUAAACGAAUGUUAUAUUUGUGCACCAUUAUACAUUCUGAAGAGAGAUUAAUGUCAACUUGAGUGGCUUUUUGUUUGUCAUGUUUUCGCCGCUGCCUGAUUCUUAGGCAGAUUGGCACUUAAUACCUUGCCUUGUGUAGGUUGCUUGCUAUCCCAUUAACGUCCUCAAACAUUUGUUAAUCAUAUUUUGUUAGAAAUUAGCGAAGGAGGACAGUAAGGACAAAUAUUAAAUUGGUUUACAAAAUUGAAAAGUUCGUCAUGGUAUUGUCAGAUUGUUUUCGACUUAUGCGUUUGACUAUCUCUUUUGUAUCGGCCGCCUCUCCUUUAAAGCCUUCUGUAACAUUUGUGAAGAUGCAAUGUGUAUCAUUAAAAAAUAACAUUGUUUUAAAGCAGGAAGUUAUUUUGUUCUCUUUUAUUGUCAUAACAACAAAGAUAAACAAUAGACACCAUAUGUUAUAUAAAUUAAAAAUAUGUAUUCUCUAUCCAAGCAGCCUUUGUCUUGCAAUCAAAUCCUGCAAUGUAUCAAACUAUUUUAUCUGUGUAUAUCUAAUAUGUUGUAUAUC